AUGAGACAACUAGAAUCUCUUGAUUUGUCACUAAAUCAACUUUCUGGUGUAAUUCCUCCCAGCAUGUCGAGUUUGACAUUCUUGAGUCACUUGAACUUGUCUUUUAACAAUUUGACAGGGUCUAUUCCAUCAAGUACUCAACUUCAAACCAUGAAUGAAUCCGGUUUUUAUGGCAACAAUCUUUGUGGGCCUCCACUCACAAGCUGCAACCCAAUCAAGACACUCCCUCCUAAAGAAGAUCGACAAGGAAGUGAAGAAGAUGGAGAGGGAUUUUCGGAAGCGUUGUUCUUUGCAAGCAUGGCACUUGGAUUUGCAGUUGGGUUUUGGAUUGUGUUGGGUCCUAUACUGUUCAAGAGGCCUUGGAGAAUCACUUAUUUUCGGGUGCUAGAAGAUAUUUGGCAUAAACUUUGCGAUUUCAUUUUUGAAUGUCGCUAUAUAUUUCGUAGAUGA